AUGCACUCCCCCGGGACCGUCAAACAAGGCCGUGUGGGCGAUGACGACGGCGAAGACUACUUCUCUGCCAAAGGAAGCGAUGAUGGGUUUUCACCGACCGGACGGCGGCGAGCGUCUCUCUCUAUUCAAAUCCCACCGCCACGGCCAAACGCCGAUCUUGCGCUGGUCGCAUUGCAGUAUUUACCCAUGCCGAUUCUGGUUCUGUCUAGUCGGAAGACAGUGGUCCUGGCGAAUGAAGCGAUGGGACGCUUGUUGGGAAUAGAACCCGAGUCUAUCGAGGUAGGAGAGGAGUCUGGGGAAACCAGUGAAGGAGAGGAAGGACAAAAUCAGACACAUCGAUCCAGUGCGAGAAGCGCUACAGACGUCUUGUACGGAACGUCACUGGCGCAACUAGGCAUGGACUUGCUGCAGAAUGGCGCUGCUGUGUUUAUAGCGUGGGAAGAGUUCCUUGACACCAUUGUCCUCGAUGGCGCCAACAGGGCAGCUGCUCGUGGCCUGGCAAAGCUGGCAAGCGAGCGUCAGAGAGGAGAUGACGGAGACGUGACACCCACGGGCGGGCAUCUGGAAAGAUCAUCGUCGGAGUCAUCCAGCGCCACCCUGAUCCGGUCGACACCGAAUCAGACGGAAAUUCACGACGCCGUGGUUGACGUUCUCUUCUCUUCCGAUAGAGAUCCGCGAACAGGUUUGCCUACCACCGCGCGUGCAGGGCUUUCCGACCAUGUCCUCUCUAAGAUGAUCGUGUCUGUUUGGAACACGGAAGAGGACCAAUACUUCACUCUCACAUUCACAGCCGCUAGCUCGGAUUAUGGCACUUCUCAGUCAUCGUCUAGCUCAGAGGGGCCGAAGACGACUAGCCGCACAGUCUCCAGAUCCGCUACUAGUUGUUCCCCAAGCGUUCCCUCCGGCCUCAGUUCCGGGUCCAGCAGCAGCUCAUAUUCUGCGGCCAAAAAGCCAGCCGUACAAAGUCCGCCUCCUACGACCGCUCGGUUCGCUAGUCCGCUAUCAACGUCGGUUGCUGAAUUCCCACCACGUGGCCCGCCAGCCAAAACGACAUCGGCGAGUGCACCAUCCCUUUUCUCCAAGAGCAGCAAGCUCAAAGAAGCCUUGCUCGACAGCAUGAAUCUCCCUGCAUAUGCGCUUUGGAAAGAUGAGAGCUUUGGCCUACCCAACAAAGCCGCGAUCAAACUGAUAUACCCUUGGAUUGAGGAUGGCAAUUACGACACGAGUGAGCAAGCCCGAGAUUUCUUGUCACACUUUGUGCUCUACAAGGAUGACUUCAGUGAAGAGAUCCCUUUGGAGGAGUUUCCCAUCAUGAGGCUCAUGCGAGAGCAGCAAUCAUUCGAAGGAUACCGGAUCGGUAUGUAUAGUGUGAAGGAUGGCAGUCAAAUGCUCUUUGACGCCAGUGGCGAAACUCUCCGAGAUCAAAAGGGAGAAUUUAUUGGCGGUCUGGUUCUCUUUCACGACGUCACCGAUUACGCGCGAACCAUCACUCGUCAACAGCAGCAGAACGAACGUCAAUUUGAGCACAUUUGCAAUAUGAUCCCGCAAAUGAUCUGGCGGACCACUCCCGAAGGAUUGCACGACUAUUAUUCAGACCGAUGGUAUGAAUAUACCGGUCUGUCCGUAGAAGAAAGUGAGGGGGAAGGUUGGUUGAAUGCAUUCGACAAAGACGAUUUGAGUGUUGCGGAAGAGAAAUGGAAGCACAGUCUUGCCACUGGCGAUGAGUAUUUGACGGAAUAUCGUUGUAAGAAUACUGCCGGCGAUUGGAGGUGGAUGCUGGGCCGCGCCGUUCCAAUGCGUGACGAGAACGGCAAGAUCAUGAAGUGGUUCGGCACGUGCACAGAUAUCCAUGAGUUGGUUCUUGCGCGAGAGGAGGCACGGCAGACCCGGGAACAGCUGAAACAAGUUAUAGAGCACGCCAACGUGACACUUUGGGCCGUCGACGUCAACAAUGUCCUUACACUUUCCGAGGGCCGACCCAUGGCCGCAUUCAGGGAUGCUCCACGCGACUCCGACGCGAAUGAAAAGUAUAUCGGAAAGGACAUCUGGGACGUCUUCCGCGAGCAAGGUCGAGUGAACGAGAUCCCCUCGUAUGCAACACCAAUGCGCGAGAUCCUCGCAGGGCGUCUGCAGGGCGAGACUGUAGAGACCAAGAUCGCUAGCGUACAGCGGUACUUCCGCACUGGGCUCUUUCCUCUACUUCGUCAGGACCGCAAGGGCGGCCUCGAAGGCCAGUCAUACAUCGACGGCGUUGUUGGCAUCAGCAUUGAUGUCACGGAACUGCGCCAGGCAGGCGAGGAAGUGGCCCUCCGCGACCGGGAGAACAGUCGUCUCAUGGCGCAGAGCGUCGCAGCGAAAGAGGCCAGCAAGAUGAAAAGCCAAUUUCUGGCAAACAUGUCACACGAGAUCCGAACACCAAUCGCCGGUGUCAUUGGCAUGUCGGAAUUGCUCCUUGAUGAUGAAUCUGGCGAGCUUACCCAGGAACAGCGGGAAUGUGCUGAAAACAUUCAGCGCAGCGCUAAUGGCCUCCUGACGGUCAUCAAUGAUAUUCUAGACAUUUCCAAAGUUGAAUCUGGAAGGCUAGAAAUAGAGCUUGUUCAGUUCGAUCUCUCCGUGGUGAUUCGCGAUGUCAACAAAAUGUUGAGCUUCGCGGCGGAGCGUAAGGGCCUCAAGUAUAUUGACAAUAUUGAACAACUGCAGUCAUGGAAAGUCAUGGGUGAUCCAGGCCGUCUGCGCCAGGUUCUGACGAAUCUCCUGACCAACUCAAUCAAAUUCACAACCGAAGGCAGUGUCACCAUGUCAAUGAAACUGCAGAAGAACUCUGAAGAUUAUGUCGAAUUGCUCUUUUGUGUCGAAGAUACCGGUAUUGGCAUCGAGCCGGAGGCGCGAGGGAAAUUAUUCCAGCCAUUCUCGCAAGCAGACAGUUCUACAGCUCGGCGAUUCGGUGGAACAGGUCUCGGGCUCACUAUCAGCAAAAACCUGGUGGAGCUGAUGCAUGGCGAAAUUUCACUCGAGUCCGAAGUGGGAGUGGGAACCAAGGCUUCGUUCUGGAUCCCUCUUCAAAAGGCACCCUAUCAGAAUGCAGAUACCCCCAUGGUCUCCUUGGACACAAUACCGGAGCGUCUCCAGUCGGAUUUAUCCUGUUCACAUCCAGGCUCGGAACACAGCGGUCCAACAGCUGUACCCACUGUGAAGGUGCUGGGUAGUACCUCUCCCCCAGCCGCUCCAACUUCGGAGAAUCUGCAAGAAAGCACACCAGCCGACGAAGAUUUGACAGAUGCCGAGAGGAAAAAGGUACAGGUGUUGGUGGUGGAAGAUAAUGCCAUCAAUCAGCAAAUUGCUCUGAAGACCAUUCGGAAGCUUGGCUUUCCCGUCCGCGCGGUGUGGAACGGCAAAGAGGCAUUAGACUAUCUGCGCUCGCCAUCAGAUGAUCAGCCGCCGCCCGAUGUGAUCCUGAUGGAUUGUCAAAUGCCAGUCCUUGACGGAUACAAGGCCACAUACACUAUCCGCAAUGCGCAGCCCUUUGCCAGCAAUUGCGAUCUUCAGGGCACACCCAUCGUGGCCAUGACUGCGUCUGCCAUUCAGGGCGACCGUGAGAAAUGCCAACAAUCGGGCAUGGACGACUACCUCGCUAAGCCUGUGAAAAAGAUCCACCUCGAGAAAAUGCUGGUCAAGUGGGCCAUCGAAGGACGCAAAAUCCGCACCGAACUCCGCAAGAAUCCCUCCAUGUUGCUCAAAGCCAGCAGGCACCCAGGUUACUCUCGCGCCCAGCACUCGUUCAACUCGGACGCCUCCUCCACGAUGCAAUCGACCGAGGAGCAUCUCUCCUCGGAAGUCGACCGCCUGGAAUUCGUCCACUCCGAAUCUGUCAAGCAAUCGGUCGAGAGCGCCGCCGAGCGGAUCGAACGCCAACAAAAGGCCGAAGAGCAAGCCAUUGCGCUCCGCGAUCACGAACUCAUCGAGGCCGGCGAGGAUCCCAAGACCAAACUCGGCCGCGUUGUCGAUGAGUCCCUCGUGGAGGCCUCCCAGCCCGCCCGCGAUGCCCUCACGACCGAGAAUGUCCGGAUGCAUGCCCGUUCCGCCCCGAUGGCGAGGUUGCUCCGCGAGGCGGAUCUCGAAGAAGAUCAUAGCAGUGCUAUGGCCACCCAGGCUGAUACCGGUAGCAAUUUCUUGCCGACAUCGCAUGCUUCAGGAUCCUCGAACCAACGCGUGGGAGGAUGA